CCCUAAACUCUUCGCCAUACGGGCCUCAGGAUUCUAGUCUAUUGCAAAGCACUCAACUCUCACCUCAUUCUUCGUGUGUCAGUCCCCGACCCAGUUCUUCAAACGCAAUGUUAGACAUGACAAACCCGACCACAAAUGGUUAUCAUCGGUCCUGUUCUCCAUCAGCGAUGUCGGGAAGCAGUUCUCCAAACCUGGUGUCCGUCAAACAGGCGCAGGUCGUCAAGAACUCAACACCUAAUGGCACCUCUAAUCCCAAUCGAGGAAUGCGUGUCGUUAUGUCUAAUUCACACAAUAAUUUAACAUCACGAAAUGGCGUCUUAGGAAACACAGCAAUCUCUGUGACCACUUCUAUCCCCGGUAUGCCUGGAUAUCCGUCCUCUUUAGGCUCGUUUGGUCCGAAUGACUUUCAACUGAAUUCCGAGUUAGCGCUCGCGGGCUUCAACUCUCCGGGUCUUCUCCACAACUGGUCGUCUCAGCACUCACUCAGCGGACUAACACACGGAGGCGCUUCAAUCCCUGGUAACGGAGGUUUGCCGCACCUGUCAGUGAGUAGUAGUACUCCUCCUCCGUCUUCAUCUCCCCUAUCAAUAAAAGUGAAGAGCGAACCCAUAUCUCCGCCACGCGAUGGGACACAUCAACAUCACGCAAGUCUCGGCCCAUUACAGAGGCCUCCUUCGAGCACAACCGGCCAUUUAUCUCCAGGACAUCCAUUGACACCAUCGACAUCAUCAUCACCCGACCCAUCGGGUAGUUCUGACUACGAGGGGCCGAUCCAGAAGCGGAUAAGGGUUACGGCCGACGGUUGGCCCGCUUAACACUCACUAUCACUCCCUAA